CCACUCUCCGUAGUGCGGGUCCGGGCGCAGCAGGUGGUUGGCUGAAAACCACGGGGGGCGUUUGGUCUCGAGAUCGUGACGACGAAGUCACGCCCCCUUCCGCGCGGCGAGUUUGCUGUCCGCUCUGUCUCCGGGUGGUUGAAGGAUAACGGGGCGCGCGCGCCGUGUGUGGGAGGCGAGAGACACCCGGCAGCACGAGGACUUGCCUGGCACACCCGGUGUAUGUGCGGCAACAACAUGUCCGCACCCCUGCCCGCCAUAGUGCCCGCCGCCCGCAAGGCUACGGCCGCGGUUAUAUUCCUGCAUGGUUUAGGAGAUACUGGGCAUGGCUGGGCAGAAGCAAUGGCGAGCAUAAGAAGUCCACACAUCAAGUACAUUUGUCCUCAUGCGCCCAUCAUGCCAGUGUCACUAAACAUGAACAUGUCUAUGCCUUCAUGGUUUGACAUAAUUGGAUUGUCUCCAGACGCUCAGGAGGAUGAUGCUGGCAUCAAGCAAGCCUCAGAGAAUAUUAAAGCGUUAAUAGACCAAGAAGUUAAGAAUGGGAUACCCUCAAAUAGAAUUAUAUUGGGAGGAUUUUCUCAGGGAGGAGCCCUGUCACUGUACACUGCUCUAACAACAAGUCAGAAAUUAGCAGGUGUUCUCGCUCUGAGCUGUUGGCUUCCUCUAAGAUCUUCCUUCCCCCAGGCUGCUGCUAAUAGUGCCAAUAAAGAUGUCUCGGUCCUCCAGUGCCACGGAGAAAGUGAUACACUAGUCCCUUACCUGUAUGGUUCUCUAACAUCACAGACGCUAAAAGCUCUAAUAAACCCAGCAAAUGUCAGUUUCAAAGCCUAUCCAGGUUUGGCACACACCUCUUGCAACCAGGAAAUGACUGAUGUAAAGCAGUUUAUCGAGAAGCAGCUACCUCCCAGCUAAUUGACACUUGAUUAUUUCUUCUGGAAAAGGCAUCAGCAACUGUCAUUAUGCUCCUUUUACAUUUCUUAUGUAAGGAUCGUCUCAAUUAUUCAGAAACUGCAGUGACAAGGGGAUAGGGAUAGUAAAUGCAAUCAAUAAGGAGUUUGUUGAUUUUUGUGUUUGGUCUAAUGUAGUGGAUAUUUAAGAGCAUAGAACUUACAAUCAAUUAUACUGUACAUGUACUGGUCUGAUUGCUAUAUUAUUCAUAGCAUUGCAAGGGCUAUUUAAUUUGGUGUAGGCCUCUUGUCCACAGUGGGGAGCUUGCCCAUGCAUAGCAUUGAAAGGUGUUCUGUGCAGUUAAUGCAGUACAUUUAAUUGUACAGUUACUCAUUUUCAUAACUUUCUGCAGUGAAGUUAUGUGCAACUAUUCACAAUCUAUGGAAAAGGCCAUAUAUUCUGUCUGUCAAUCAUGUCUGACAUUCCCUGGCUUCCUUCAGCUGUCUCUAUAUGGGCUGAUGGCAAUAUUAAUAUAGCCUACAUAUGAGGGCCGGUACUGUGUGUGUACAUUAUGUUGGUGCAGUUCUGUUUAAUCAUAUAUUGUCCAGAAAGUAGACCUCAACUAAUCAUCUCUAGUGUGUUUGGAUUUCUUAUAUUUUUUAUUUAAGGUAUCAAAAUGGUUGACAUGUAGAAGGACCACUAAGUGCUGUAUAUCCCGUUAUACAUGUCUACGUGGGCUUU